AAGGAGCUGAAGGAGAAGGGGCCCCCGCGGGUGCUGCAGGAGCUGAAAGACGUCUUGCUGAUCGAGGGCAGCGCGGCCCGGCUGGAGUGCCGCAUCAGCGCCUUCCCCGACCCCUUCAUCCGCUGGUCCAAGGAGGGGAAGGAGCUGAAGGACGGGCCCAAGUACCGCUACAUCUUCGAGGACCCCGACAUCGUGGCCCUGGUGGUGCGGGACGGGGAGCUGGCCGACCUGGGGCGCUACACCAUCUCCGUCAAGAACACCUUCGGGGAGUGCUCCGACUCGCCUCUGGCACCCU